AUUUAAGUUAAACUUCGCGCGAAGUUAAAUGACCGCCAUUUAAAAAUUGCGAUAUUCGACAUUGUGCAAUUUUAAUCGCAUUCAACGCUCGGGCAUAGGUCAGUGAUGUCACCAAAGAGAAUUGGGUAAACCAGAAAUUAGUGGGGGUAAACAGAGAUCUCAGAUCAGUGAGUAUCCCUAAUGAUGUUCCAAAUAUAGUGCAGGAAAGUGGGCAACAGCCUUCAAAUCACAUUUGAAGGUCUCCUUCCAAAUGUAAAAAUCCCCCUAACCAUUCAUUGAAUGAAACAUGCUGAUCAGCCUGCAAAAUCUCAGAAGAUAGUCGACAGCAGGUUAAGGUGUAACUUUGCAAUGCGGAUCGUAACCUCACACUUGUUGUUUUUCUUAUUUAUUUCUACAACCAAAUAUGUAUCAUCGGUUUCACCUCAUCCGAAGCUACUUGUUGUAUCAUUUGACGCCUUUAGAUAUGACUAUUUUAAAAAGAACAUGACCCCUUAUAUGGACCAACUUAGAGAUGAAGGGACUCAUGCAGAUUACAUGUAUAAUAUUUAUCCCACAAAGACCUUCCCAAAUCACCAUACAAUUGCUACGGGCUUCUACGCUGAAACCCAUGGUGUUGUAGCUAACACCAUCAAAGAUCCAAUAAGUGGAAAAAUUGAAAGAGGCAGUGAUUAUUUGUUUCAUUACAAUAAUGAUAUAGCACCAAUUUGGAUAGUUAAUGAAAAAGCAGGAGAAGGCAGACACAGUGGAGUGAUGAUGUGGCCUGGGUGUAAUUUCAAGUUCCUCGAUAUUCUUCCCACAUUUCAAAGGAAAUUUGAUAAAAAUGCGCCUUGGCUUACUAGUGUGGACGAUUUGAUAUCUUGGUUCACACAUCCAACCACGCCAAUCAAUUUUGGGAUGUUGUACAUGAGCGAACCAGAUGAGCAUGGUCAUGCAUAUGCAUAUGAUUCUGGUCCUUUUAAGGAGACGCUCCGGCGAUUAGAUAAUCUCACUAGGUAUAUUCAAAAUAAGUUGAUUGUUAAUGGACUAUCAGAUAUCAAUGUCAUAUAUUUGAGUGAUCACGGUAUGGCACCAGUGACCGAAAGUAGUAUAAUAGACUUAAACAAAUUCGUCAAUCAGUCCGACUAUGAGAUUACUGAUGGUUCUCCAGGGCUACAUAUUUUUCCUACUGCUGGAAAAUUUGACUUAGUUUAUGAGCAAUUACUAAGAGCAAAACGUGAACUUGGACAUUUUACCGUUUUUAAAAGGGAAGAAAUUCCAGAUAGAUUUCAUUAUGGCAAAAAUCCUAGAGUAGCUCCAAUAUAUGUUAUAGCUGAUAUCGGGUACGUGUUUCAAGAUUAUUGGAAUAACAUCAGAGGUCUGGAGAAGCAAUGGAAUUAUACCGCUACCAAUGAAACAGAAUUUGGUUUUCAUGGAUGGUCCCCCGAAGAAGAAUCCAUGCGUCCAAUGUUUUUUGGAAACGGUCCAUCAUUCAAAAAACAUUAUACAAUCGAUCCUUUCCAUACUGUAGAUUUGUUUCCCUUAUUCUGUAAUUUAUUAGACCUGCCCUGUCCGCCAACGAAUGGAACCUUUGAUAAUGUAAAAGAUGCUCUAAAAAGUUCAGCUUCCACAACAACGUACAAACUUACAGGAAUAAUUAUUGGAGUUCUGGUACUCUUGGGAUUUGUCUGUGUGCUAGUUUGGUUCAUUAAGCGAUGGAGGGCCGAGAAAUCGAGUACAUAUUACAGUACUGAAUUUAGUCAAUGAACUAUGAACUUGAUCUCCUUCCCUAGCGUUCCGACACAAGAUAUCGAUAACGAAUAUUUUUAUCCUGAAGAUCCUGAGUUUGAUGAGCCCUGAAUAUUGACUAGUACUCAGUUGAAUGAUUCUUCGAGCGCUAGAUAUCAGUAAAUACGUUCAAAGUACGUAAAAUGUGAGAAAUCAAGCUUGUGCACUUACGAUUGUGUGAUUGAUUCACUGCUGACCUCUCAUGAUAAAACGAUGACGUACGUAUUUGUUCUAAGGUGCACGAAUGCAGUACAAUGUAUCAUUGAUUGAAGAUUCUUCAGUCAACCAAUUGCAGUUAGCAAACUGAAAAUAUAUUAAUUAUUAUUCUAAAAAUAAAUAAUAGAGGAAUCUCAAA